AGCAGCCAGUGUCAGUAGCGGCUUUGUAAUUGUAGUGGCAGUUUCCUCUCUUGCUUUUUAUUUUUUGCUUAUUUUCCAUUUAUUUAGCGCCUUUUUUUAUUCUUUUUAUCAAUAGAAGCUUAAGAUUGUAUUUUUCUGUUUACGAUAGUCUACAUUUCUUUCAUAAGAAGUUUAUUUUUGCCUAAGAGUUAAACGAUACAGCUCCUUCAUUUUUUUAAAACAACUAUAGUUAAAUAUUUUAGUUUCUUUUAGUGUUUCUUAAAAAAAAAAAAAAAAUGCUGUCUGCAACAACUAGAACUCCACUGGCCUCCAAGAAUGAACAAAACGCACAAAACAUGCUCUACGAUGAAAAUACUCCACCGUCACUUAGCGCAACAAGGGCGCUGGCUUCUAAAACCGCAAGAAAAAUCCUGGCAGACGUUGACGAAAUGAAACCAAAAUCCAGUUCUCAAGUUUCACAGGAGAAGCGGUGGGAGGCAGUGCAGGACGAGCCUCUGCUCAGGGAGAACCCGCGGCGCUUCGUUAUCUUCCCUAUUCAGUACCAGGACAUCUGGCAGAUGUACAAGAAAGCCGAGGCUUCCUUCUGGACAGCUGAAGAGGUAGACCUGUCCAAGGAUAUGCAGCACUGGGAGGGCCUGAAAAAGGAGGAGAGAUACUUCAUCUCUCACGUCUUGGCGUUUUUUGCUGCCAGCGACGGCAUAGUCAAUGAGAACUUGGUGGAGCGCUUCAGCCAGGAGGUACAGGUUACAGAAGCACGCUGUUUCUACGGCUUCCAGAUCGCCAUGGAGAACAUCCACUCGGAGAUGUACAGCCUGCUCAUUGACACCUACAUCAAGGACUCCAGCGAGAGGGAGUUUCUCUUCAACGCUGUUGAGACGCUACCCUGUGUGCGCAAGAAGGCGGACUGGGCAAUGCGCUGGAUUGCAGACAAGGACGCUACUUUCGGAGAGCGGAUCGUGGCUUUCGCAGCGGUGGAGGGGAUAUUCUUCUCCGGGUCCUUCGCUGCAAUCUUCUGGUUGAAGAAGCGGGGGCUGAUGCCAGGCCUGACCUUCUCCAAUGAGCUCAUCAGCAGAGAUGAGGGUCUGCACUGUGAUUUCGCCUGUCUGAUGUUCAAACACCUGGUGCACAAGCCCUCCGAGGCCAAAGUAAAGGGGGUGAUUCUGGACGCUGUUAGAAUUGAGCAGGAGUUUCUCACGGAGGCCCUCCCUGUCAACCUCAUCGGGAUGAACUGUGAGCUCAUGAAGAGAUACAUAGAGUUUGUAGCAGACCGUCUGCUCCUGGAGCUUGGUUUCAGCAAGGUGUUCUGUGUGGAGAACCCUUUUGACUUCAUGGAGAACAUCUCUCUGGAGGGGAAGACUAACUUCUUCGAGAAGAGAGUUGGGGAGUACCAGAAGAUGGGGGUCAUGUCCAGGGCUAUGGACAACACGUUCACCCUGGAAGCAGACUUUUAACUACUUACUCCUACAUUCUUUCGCCUUUCCCUUUUUUUAUUUUUUUUGUCUACUUUUUUAGAUUUCUUAAGAUCACACACAAUGUAGGAAUUAACGUAAGGCAGCUGUUUUUAGGCUGUCUUACUAAAAGGAAAAUUAAAUCCUAAGCCUGCAUUGUAUUUCUGCAACAUUUACCAACCUUUCUUCUCGAAAUGCAAAGCUUGCAUCACUAACAGCAGAAUUGAAAUGUAUGUGUCUGGUUUACUGCCCCAUCUGGAGGGGAAUUUGUUUUCUCAUUUUACCUCAAAUUUUGUUUACAUGUGUCUGGUUUUGUUAUAAAUUGUAAAUAUUUUUUUUAGCUAAAUAGAUUAUAAAAUGUAUUUAUAUAACUUUUUUUAAAUUAAAUUUGCCGUUUUCUUGUA